GCUGUCACGUGCUCCGCCCAAGAGGCUGCCGGGAAUGUGGAGGAUUCACAGCGGGCCAAGCGUACUCGGAUGCGGAGGACCUGCUGAGGCUCCGAGUUGAUGGCCCGCAACGAGGAGAAACACCUGGGGAGGUUGAACCGGCUGUGGCUGCAGCGAGAGAAAGAGGAGGGUCGUCUGAGAGGGAGAGAUCAAAAUCGACCCAAACUGUCUUCCUUGACUUCGGCUGUUGAAGUGAAAAAAUGGAUUCCGAGCAUCAAAAGCGAGAUUGAGUAUUAUCUUCAGCAGUCCCAAUUAUCCCAUUAUUCAGAAAGGAAGAUAAAGGAAUUUCAGGAUCAAAUUGAAGAACUUCAGAAGGAGUAUCAGCGUUAUUUGUGGAAACUGCGUCGGUUAGACCCUUCCCAUAAGGAACACCCUUGGAAACCUCGUGCUUAUACCCGGAAAAGACAACCCAACGCUGCAACACGACCCAUCAGUCAACCGGCUGGGUUGCACAGUUUGAAACAAAUAUGCAUUCCUGUUUUAAACAAUACUGAAGCUGACAACCAGGAGGAUGACUGUGAUGGGAAACCUGUUGAAGAAAGGGAAAAGAACUUCCUCAAUCAACAGACACCACUUGGUGUCAAUGAUGACUUCUGCAUGGUUAAUUCCAGUUUUCAGGACCAGCCCCUUAUGUUUAAUCCUGUUAGAAUUCCACCAAGGUUUUCUAUGGCCUCAAACACACAAAAUACAUUGGGAGAAGGCUCACAUCAUAUGAGCAAAAUUCUUUUCACUCACCUACCAAACUUACAAACAUCAUCUUCCUGUGGAACCACUGCAGAGCUGCAAAGCAAUGAAGGAAAAAAACAUACAUUCAAGACAUCAGUAGUUUCUCAAGAAACUAGUUCACAGAUGAAAAGCUCUGGAAUUCUGGGACUAUCUUGCUAUUCUUCAGAUGAAGAUAAAUAAGUAACAAAUAACAGCUGAUUCACAUUAAUUGUUCCAUGUAAUAUUUUGUCUGAAAUACUGUAAUUGCUGAAUGUGUGUAGAUGCUAUAUUUUCAAAAUUUAUUUUUAUUGGUGUUGUGCAUUGUAUGUAGAGCAAUUUGUAUAUUUGUUGCAUUGUAUAAUCGUUGAAAUACAAAUUCUUCCAAUUCUCAUAGUUGGUAUGAAUUUAAAUCAGAAAUAAAGGUGCUCUUAUUUCAAA